CUCCGCUGAUCUUCGUAUUUUCAUAACCUUGAAAUUAUUUUUUCACUGUACCAAAACCAAAAAGUCGCCUACCAAAAUUGUUUAUCGAAGUCUGCUUAAAUAAAACGAUAAAACUUUUCGCUUUGAGUGUUUCAGAGUUGAAAAAAUAUUGUAUUAUCAUUGAACUAAAUCAACAGAGCAUAAUUAUUCGUAGGGUAAAUCAGAAUGUCUUGUACAGUCUUCUUGGAUGGCGGCCCCCAUUAUUCGGGUGGAGAAGUUCGUGGCAGGCUUGAAUGUUCUUUUCACAAAUCUGAAAAAGUCAGGGGUAUAAAAAUACGUGCUAUUGGAGAGGAGCACACAGAAUGGAUUGAUACCGAGAACCAUUAUGAUGAAAGCCUGAAAAAAUAUAUAACAGUUUCUUAUCCUUGUACUGGGGACAACAAUUUGUUUAAUUUUGAAAUUAUGCUUUUUGGUGGUAGUGGAGAAACCUAUUUAGGACCUGGAAUUUUUAACUAUCCAUUUUCAUUCCAAUUGCCUCCGAAUCUACCAUCUAGCUUCACCAAUCAACACGGAUACAUCCGUUAUGGUGUUAGAGGUAUUAUUGAUAUUCCUUGGGGAUUGGACUAUGAGAGCACACAGAACUUUGAGUUGGUUUCUCCGAUCGACUUGAAUACUUUUCCAAUGGAAUGUUUUCAACCCGUCUCUAGAUCUGAUAGUAAAACAGUCUGUUGCUGGUGUUGCUCGCAAGGUGAUAUCAGUCUUGAUAUAAAUAUCAAUAAAACUGCUUUUAUACCUGGAGAGAGUGUAAAGUUGUUUCUGACUUUAACGAACAUGUCAAAUUCAAAUGUGGAAGAAGUUAACGCAAUAUUUCAACAGUACCUUAAAAGCAAAGUUGAGCUUCCCAAGCAUGAUUUUAAGGAAGAUAAGUUUGAGUUUAGUCGCAAAAGUUUGUCUGGAGUCGGAGCACAUGGUGAGAAUAAGUAUGAUAUGGAACUUCUUAUCCCAGCUCCAGCCCCAUAUCCAAACUUAAAUCGAAGCAGUCUCUUUGAAAUUUCCUAUGACAUAGAAAUAUGUGCUGUCAUCAGUGGUUGCCAUUCAAACAUGGAGCUUAGUUUCAAUGUGGAAAUCGGCCAUAUUCAACAUCAGAGCCAAACUGCUGAGUCUUAUGCACCACCUCCGACUGAAGGAACCAUUUCUCCUUAUCCUAAUACUGCACCAGCAUAUCCGUAUCCAACAGCCUCCCAGCCUACAGCGCCUAUCAUUGGAGGACCUAACGCAGGUGCCCCAUACCCUCAGAUAUCUCAACCAACUGGUCCACCAUACCCCACCGGCUCUGGUUCUGGAGCUGCCUACCCUCCUGACUACCAAUCAGUUUAUCCGGGAGGUCCGCCAAAAUCACCAUCGUUUGCUAACUUGAAAGAACAAGAAGCUUUCGGUGAAGUCAAGCAGGCCCCUUCAGCACCUCCAGCUACUAAUGAGCUUCCCCCAUCUUAUGAGUACGCAUCUAAAAAUGAGAAUAAGUAAAAUUUUCAAUCUGAAUUCCAGUCAAGUUAUACGAUAUGUAUUUCUCUCGAAUUUAAUUCGUUUCAAUUACUGAUAUAUAUAUAUGAUGUGCCUAUACUGUUAAUUCUGAAUCUGACUCGAAUUUUAAAUAACUGGCACAAAACUCAUAUUUAGAUAUGUUGCAAGUUUUUAAAUUUUACAACGGUGCUAUAAGAACAAAUAUAUUUUAAGGUUAUCUUGAUGAUAUUAUGUCAAGUUCAUACAGGUUUUAUUCAUGUUUGAUUCAAUUGAUCCCAGUGAUGUUUUGACUUGUUAACUCAUUUUUGUUUGUUUGUCAUUUUGGAAAGUUUUAUUUUAAUGUUGAUUGCGAAAUUUUGAUUAUAUUUAUUUUAGACACAUCACAUUCAACUUGUCAAUGUUGAAAAAAUUUGUUUGAAAAAGAUAAAGACGAAAGUGAUGUUAAUUGCUGAUUCCUAGAAAAUCCUAAAAUUUCUUUGUCUUUUGUAUACUAGAAUUAGCAGAAACAUUGUAGUUAUAUAAUAUUUUUUCUACUCAAACGUAUAUGUGAUAAGAGUAAAGUAUAUUUUGUAUCGUCACUUUGGGGAGGCAAACCAUUCAUGAUUGAGAUUGGACUCAAAUUUAUGAGUUUUUACAUCUUAACGAACGAAAAAGCUUUGUUGGCUUUUUUGUAAUAUUGAUACUUGAUUUUGAUUGCAUAAGAAGCUUCAUCGACAUAAUUUUGCAUGUAUGUACUCCUUCAACAAUGUUUUUUUUUGGCAGUUUUUUUCAAUAUGUUUUCAUGAAAUAAAUAUAUAUAUAUAUA